UCUAGCCAGCUAGCUAGGUAGCUUGUAUUAGUAUCAGGAAUUGAGAGAGAAGAGGAGGCUGAUUAAGUUGGGAUCGAUCUCUAAUAAUCUGCAGCUAUGGGGAAGGAGUGCCUUCCUACCGUCGCCAUGGUGCUAGUGCAGCUAGGCUUUGCCGGUAUGAACGUGCUGUCCAAGCUGGCCUUGGACACCGGCAUGAGCCCCUACGUGCUCAUUGCCUACCGUAAUCUCAUCGCCGGCGUGUUCCUCGCUCCCGGCGCUUACUACUUUGAAAGGAGGAGUGGCAUGGUGAUCACCAAGAAAGUACUAACCCAGAUAUUCUUUUCCUCUAUUUUUGGCGCGACGUUGAACCAGGUGUUGUACUUCGUGGGGCUCAAGUCCACAACGCCGACAGUGGCGUGCGCGCUCAGCAACACACUCCCGGCGUUAACCUUUGUCAUGGCGGUCGUCCUCAAGAUGGAGACAGUGAGGCUCGGGACGCCCUCCGGGCAGGCCAAGGUUUUUGGCACCGUCGUGUGCGUCGGCGGUUCCAUGAUCAUGCCCUUCUACAAGGGUCCGCUAUUAAAGGUGUGGGCAUCCCCGAUGCACUGGCGCUACGCGGAGCACGCGACCGACGCGACAGCACUUCCCAGCGGCAACGCCGCCAUCGUCGGUGACGUCCUCAUCAUCCUCAGCUGUGUCGCCUGGGCCGUCUGGUUCAUCCUCCAGGUACGCACCAUCAUUUCACCAAGACCAAGCUUGUUUCCAGCAAUCAUGCAUUGUUGGUGUAGGCAGUUAGUUUUUGAUAAUGGUCGAUCUGUAGAGCAAGAUGUCGGAAAGGUUCUUGCGCCCUACACCAGCACGACGAUCAUGUCCCUGAUGGCCGGGGUGCAGUGCGCAGGCGUCAGCGCUGUCAUGGACCGGAGCGUGUCGGCGUGGAAGCUUGGGUUUGACAUCAGGCUAUACGCCGCGCUUUACGUCGGGGUGGUUGGCUCCGGGAUCGCGUUCGCGGUCAUGUCGUGGUGCAUCCAGUCCCGCGGCCCGUUGUUCGUGUCCAUGUUCAGCCCGCUGAUGCUCGUGGUCGUGGCUGUGGUCGGCUGGGCCAUCCUCGAGGAGAAGAUACACGUCGGAAGUGCCAUCGGUUCUUCCCUCAUCGUCGCUGGGUUGUAUAUGGUGCUUUGGGGCAAGGGGAGGGAGAUGACCGGGCCGUCUGACCUCCACGGUGAUGGCGGCGGCACGGCUCCAGAGACCAUGAUUGUCCUGGAGCUCAACUGCAAGGAUGCCAGGAACGGGAACACCGCCGUCUUGCCGGUGUUCCGUACUACCAGUCCCAAGCACCAACUUGAGACGAUCCCAAACGACACUGACUGAUAGAUGCUGGUGACCACACAAGCGCAAGGCUCAUGGAUUGCGCAUCAUACAUAUGUCAUUGUCAGUUGCACUUGCAAGUGCAGUUGAGCUACAGCUCACCAGAACGCGCCCGCACACACGCAACAAAAGAGAGAGGAGAAGUUAGAGCAUCCUCUAUAAUGAAAGUUUGAAAUGUACUAGUAUCUGUUAUCCCAUUUUCUGGUAAUUUUUAAGGGACAUUUCUACUUUGCUACAAGC